UCAGCUAGUCACGAAAUACAAGAUUUACGAUCAGAUCGAAAAACUACUGGAUAUAAAAGUCAUGCCAGAGAUGUAGGCAAUUACCGGAAGACUGAAUGGAUAACGUUACAGCGUCGUCGCCCUAAUCUCCACAAGUACAAUGAAAAGAGCUUUUUGUAAAAUUGUUACGGUUGUAGGAGUUCUCUGUGUCGCUGUUGUGGUGAUUUACUUAAAACUGUACCAUCCACAUGAUACACACAAAAGAACUUUCACGAACAAAGAGGAAUUGGAAAGCCAACGUAGAGUCCACUCUUCGAGUAUCAAUGACAUUUCAAAUGACAUUUUAACCAAAUACUCCCGACUCAAGAACAUUCGUUCGCAAUGCUCUCAGCUGACGUUUUCAUUCGCUUCCCAUGUCACGCAACCAACCCUCAGCAGCAGUAACAAAAGUAUUUUCCUUCUGAUUUUGAUCACAUCUGGAGUUGGCAAAUUGUAUUCAGAGCGACGAAACAGUGUACGUAAAACAUGGGGCGACAAGUCGAUCAAAAGUGGCUGGAGAAACUGGGAGCUCGCGUUUGUAAUAGGCAAAGCUCUCGGCGCCCAGCAAUCUGAAGAAAUUAGCCAAGAAGCGGCCGUUUUUAAGGACAUUCUUGUGCUGAACAUGACGGAUAGUUACAACAAUUUAGUGAUAAAGAUUUUUUCUGAGUUGCUAUGGAGUUUGAUCUAUGUAAAUCCCCGUUUUAUCCUCAAAGCUGAUGACGAUGUUUAUGUUCGUAUCCCUCGACUGCUCUCGUGGCUGGAUAAUUAUGCGAAUGAUAAUUAUGCGAAUGAUAAUUAUGCAGGGGAUAAAUUAUACGGCGGUUUCGUAAUUGGCGACGCUGACGUGAAACGAGAAGAGAAGUGGAAAAACCGCGUUGCAAAAGACUGUCUAGCAAGAGAUUUCUAUGCUCCAUACUGCUCAGGUCCUUUUUACGUACUGUCCACUGAUGUUCUGCCUUCAAUAUUUGAAGCAGUAGAGAGAAAACCAGCGUUCCCUGUUGAAGAUGCCUACAUGGGUAUCUUAGCCCAAGAAAUUGGCCUUCAACCUGUGGAUAUACCCGGUUUUUAUUUCAGGAAAAAGCUAGCAGAUUAUCGAAGGUGUGAAUUUGCUUCAGCAAUCGCUAUAGGGCAUAAUUUUGGAUUGAUGGAAUUUAUUUCUGUGGCAAAGAACAUGGAACAGACAAAACAGCUUCCCAGAAGUUAUUAUAAAUGUAUAUUAGUAUAUGAAUGGUUGGGUUUUGUAUUUCUUCUGAUGUCUCCGAUUAUUUUGCUUUUUCUUGUAUUUAUUUUUGUGAAAUUCUUAUCUCGUCUGAAAAGAAACCUGUUUUAUGUGUAUCGCAAGGUAUAGUGCAUCGAAUACUUCGACCGGCACCUGCUUGUCAUUACGCCAGCCUCUGUUAAAAGUACAUGGAGUAUGGUGCAACUAGAAUCACUUUGUUCGUCGGUAAAUAAAACGGUUACGCUGUGAGCUCUCAUAAUCUUUUACACAGACCUCAAGUUAGUUCUGAAAGUCAAGAUGACCCUACCGGUCUACAGCUCUGUGCUUUCUCUUAUCGUGGCCAUUUUGUCAGCGGUCACACGCACUAGCUCAGGAACGAGCCACCCAAUGGCUUUGCCUGUCGUAAAAUUCAGUUGAAAAUAACGCAAAUUCUGAUCCCGUCCCUCAUGAGGGAGCACUUUAUGGGCGAGUCGAUCGCGAGAACAUGAUGAAUCGCUGAGUUUCAGAUCUCCUAAGCGCUUAAUCAAUGUAAAUUAUGUUGCAAGAUAUAACUGUCCCGUUUUUUUUUCUUUUUUAAUAAAAUCGAGA